UACUGUGGGAGACCAGAUAUAGUGAACUGUAGCCUCCCUGGAGGUAUUCCCGAGUGUAGCUCGGGGUAAAGUUUCAGUACUAAGCGGUAACCCCAAGCUACACUCGGGCUUACCAUGCGGCGCUGCUCUGGGAUCUGUUCUUCUUUUACCUUGUCCUGCGCUCCUGCGAUGUCCCUCCUGCAGCGUCCCCGGCCAUGUUCUCCGGCAGAUGCCGGCUUCUGUCUUCUGGGUUCCGUCUCCUGCGAGCGUCGGGACGUACGGGGGAUGGAACUGGCGGGAAAUUAGAAAAUGACAAAAAGUGA